AUGUCAUCGGAGAUUGAGGUGGUGGAAGAAGUACAAUCGAAUCCGGUAGAGAACGGUCAAUCGAGCUCUAAAGGAAUUGAAGAGGAGAGCUUGAAGAACGAUGUGUAUACUGCAGCGGCUUAUGGUGAUUUGGAGAAGCUUCAUAGAUUGGUAGAGUGUGAGGGUUGCUCUGUCUCCGAACCCGACGGCCUUGGCUACUAUGCUCUUCAGUGGUCCGCCUUGAACAAUCGCACCGCUGUUGCGCAGUACAUUAUCGAGCAUGGUGGAGAUAUAAACGCGACGGAUCAUACUGGACAGACUGCGUUGCAUUGGAGUGCUGUUCGUGGUGCGAUACAAGUUGCAGAACUUCUACUACAAGAGGGUGCAAGGGUAGAUGCAACAGAUAUGUAUGGAUAUCAGCCAACACAUGUUGCAGCACAGUAUGGCCAAACUGCUUUUCUCUGUCACGUUGUCUCAAAGUGGAAUGCUGAUCCCGAUGUGCCCGAUAAUGAUGGAAGAAGCCCCUUGCACUGGGCUGCAUAUAAAGGUUUUGCAGAUUCCAUUCGCUUACUUUUAUUUCUAGACGCAUAUAGAGGACGACAAGACAAAGAAGGGUGUACUCCUCUGCACUGGGCUGCCAUCCGAGGUAACUUGGAGGCUUGCACUGUCUUGGUGCAGGCUGGGAAGAAAGAAGAUUUGAUGAUUACUGACAAUACUGGACUUACCCCCGCUCAGCUUGCUGCUGAAAAGAAUCACAGACAAGUUUCUUUUUUCCUUGGUAAUGCUAGAAGGUUGCUUGAAAAGCGUUGUGACGGAAGCACUCCCCUUGGAAGAUUGUCGAAGUUGGGACUUGCUCCAAUUCUUUGGUUCAUGAUCCUGCUGCUUCUACUCAUAUAUACUAAUUCUGUUGUUUUGGCAUCCAAUCUGCCAAAGCUAACAGCUGGGAUUGGUUCGAUUGCAUGGCUGGGAUUCAUUCUUGCAACUGCAGGACUAUUUUUGUUUUACCGUUGUAGCAGAAAGGAUCCGGGUUACAUCAGAAUGAAUAUCCAUGAUCCGCAGAACAUGAAAGAUGAUGAACCACUGUUGAAAAUAGAGCUAAACAACCCUGCUUUGCUUGCUGGGAAUUGGACGCAGCUCUGUGCAACAUGCAAGAUUAUUAGACCUCUACGAGCUAAGCACUGUUCCACCUGUGAUCGUUGUGUAGAGCAAUUUGAUCACCAUUGUCCUUGGGUAUCAAACUGUGUUGGAAAAAUAUCGAGGAAUAUAACCACAAACGAAAUGGCUAAUGCACUGCGUUACAGCUACCUAAGAGGUCCAGGUGGUCGGUUCAGGAAUCCGUAUGAUCUCGGUUGCAGAAGAAACUGCUCUGAUUUCCUUGUAAAAGGCUAUAACGAAGAUAUUGAGUGUCAUGAAGAAGACCCAACACAGAGACAAGAGGGUAUUAGCAUGAUGCAGAUGCAGCGGAGUCCAAAUGGCAAUGGCCACGUUGCGAUCGAUGUUAACCCAAUUCAUAAUUCGCAGUCAGCACAUGGUCAUUCUGCCAACUGCAGCCAUAACCAUAGUAGUAGUAAGUCAAAGAGUGAUGGUGCUCCUUUGGGUUUGGGACUUGGUCUUGGUCGCAACCCAACCCGCCCUGCUGUCCCUCCGUGA